GUGGCCUAUGUCGUGAAUCGACGUUUCAAACUACCCCUGAGUUGGACGUUCUCCUCGCGUCUGCUGCUCUACACAGGCAUUUCGCUUUUCGCUUUGUUAUGUCAAUGGCAAGUCAUGCUUGCUUGGAGGCGGCACAAUUGUUUGCGAGUCGACGAGAUAGUUGCCGGUCUCAACGAGUCCUUUUUACGCGGUGGUGUAGCCUACUAUAAUUGGCGUCUCCGGUUAAAUCAGUUUUACCACGAGCAAAUAUUACGUCAUCGAUCUGCCGCAUUGUCAUCCAAAAAGACCGAAUCCACCGUUGAUGUUUUAACAGCAUAUCAAGACGAACAAAGACGGGCAGGGUUGUUGAAGCAAGACAAUGCUGAAGUCGGCGAAACGGCACCAGAUGCCUCGAGCUCGGAUACC